AUGGCGACGCUGCCUCCUGUGCCAGUGGCGGUGUCCCCGCAGGACUUGCCCCGAGUGCUUGCGAUCCUCGUCGGUGGCUAUGGCUCAGUGUGCUGGCUGGCGCUCCAGAUGGACGAGCACUUUGCGGCCGACGACCAGGACGAGCACUUUCGCUAUCCCACCGUGAGGGCUCUAGUUGCGCUCUACACGCUGAUGCUGGUGCUUUUCCGCUUCUACGAACACGGCACCUACGUGCUCUACGAGAUGUUGUGGGCGUGCAACGUGUCCCUCGUGCUUGUGGUCAUGGCGCUGUACCUGUCAAAGCCCUUCCUGGUGGGCGUAGCGAUGGUGACCGUGGCGGGAGACCAAUUGCUCUGGUACAUUGACACGCUCUCGUUCGUGCUCAAUGGAAAGCUCAUCACGGGGGCAAUGCAAUACCUCACGUACCCGGAAAACCGCACGUUCUCCAAGACAUUUUUUGCAACGCACCACCUCUGGUUCUUGCCCGUGUGCCUCUAUAUCACGAACGGUCACGGUGGCAUGCACAAUUCCAGCUUCAUUGGCUCGUGCAUCUUGACGUCGUUCUUGGCUGCGUUCUGUCGCGCUUUCACGCCCUUUCAAGUUCGUGUGCCUGGCAGUGAGCACGUCAUUUACCUGAACGUGAACGGGAGCUACGCGUUCUGGAAAGACAUUGACGUUCCGUUGCUGCAUGUGCUGGACCACCGCCAUCCCGCGUUGUACAUUCCGUUUCUCGCGAUCGUGGGCAAUCUAGUGGCAAAUGGUCUCCCCCACAUGUUGGUGCUUGGCAUCAGCCUGGGACUUCGGUACAAUCCGCUCCUCGAGGGGAUCACCCACUGA